UGGAGCUCUCUGGGAGGAAGUGAGGCGAUGGGUUAGGAAUUCAUGUGGAGUUCAGCUCGGACGGCUCCGCUCAAGGCUGGAAAGUUUAUGUGAGCCGCGGCGGAAAAUGCCGCACUUCACCGUGGUGCCGGUCACCGAGCGGCCGCAGGACGACUACUGCUCCGUGGAGGGGUUCAACUACGUGGAUUACACCGAGUCCCGGCGCCCGGCUCCCGACCUGUACGACACCGUUAGCUCCGAUGGUCAUGGGAGCGUCAAAGAGAGUAGUCCGUUUCUCAAAAGCUCUGAGUCGCAGAAAGGAAUUGAAUUCUACGACAGGAACUUGGCUUUAUUUGAGGAAGAACUGGACAUUCGACCUAAAGUUUCUUCCCUUCUUAGCCGCCUUGUUAACUACACAAACCUCCCGCAGGGAGCAAAGGAGCAUGAAGAGGCUGAAAGUGGAGAAGGGGUUCGUAAGAAAGUCUUCAAGUCUCCCAGUAUGGGCACGCUGAUGGGGGUCUACCUUCCAUGCAUGCAAAAUAUCUUAGGCGUGAUCCUGUUUCUCCGACUGACAUGGAUAGUGGGCACUGCUGGAGUUUUCCAAACACUUCUCAUUGUACUGAUCUGCUGUUGCUGUACUUUACUCACAGCUAUAUCAAUGAGUGCCAUCGCUACCAAUGGUGUUGUACCAGCUGGUGGUUCGUAUUUUAUGAUAUCGAGAUCCCUUGGCCCAGAGUUUGGUGGAGCGGUUGGCCUCUGUUUUUAUUUAGGCACCACUUUUGCGGGUGCAAUGUACAUUCUUGGUGCAAUUGAGAUUCUUCUGGUGUACAUUGUUCCUUCAGCUGCCAUAUUUCAUUCCAGUAACUCCCAUGAAGAUUCAAGUUCCAACUUGAACAAUAUGCGGGUCUACGGGACGAUCUUCCUUACACUGAUGGCAGUUGUUGUAUUUGUCGGAGUGAAAUAUGUCAACAAAUUUGCCUCUCUGUUUCUGGCCUGUGUGCUCCUCUCCAUUUUAUCCAUCUACGCAGGAAGCAUCAAGUCUAUUUUUGAACCACCUUUGUUUCCAAUUUGUAUGCUGGGCAACCGAACUCUUGCUAGAGACCAGUUUGAUUUAUGUGCCAAGACCAUUAACGUUGAUAAUGUGACAGUACCAAGCAAAUUGUCCGAAUUGUUCUGCGGGUCUUCAAAUUUUUCCAGUGGCUCAUGUGAUGAGUAUUUUCUUAGUAACAAUGUCAGUGAAAUCUCUGGUAUUCCAGGAGCAGCCAGUGGCAUUUUGUCAGCCAACCUGUGGAGCGCUUACCUAGAAAAGGGAAACAUCCUUGAAAAAGCAAACAUCCGUUCUCAAGAUACGGUGGGAUCUAAGAGUAAGCUUCACCUGUAUGUCUUGGCGGACAUCACAACUUCAUUUACAGUUCUUGUUGGCAUCUUUUUUCCAUCUGUGACCGGAAUCAUGGCUGGGAGUAAUCGAUCUGGAGACCUUCGAGAUGCUCAGAAGUCGAUUCCUGUUGGCACCAUUUUGGCUAUAAUCACUACUUCAUUGAUCUAUUUCAGCACUGUAAUCCUUUUUGGAGCAUGUAUCGAAGGAGUAGUUUUAAGAGAUAAGUAUGGUGAAGCUGUAAACAAGAACUUGGUAGUAGGGACCCUGUCGUGGCCUUCUCCGUGGGUUAUAGUCAUAGGAUCAUUCUUUUCUACUUGUGGAGCUGGACUACAAAGUCUGACUGGAGCCCCGCGGUUAUUGCAAGCUAUUGCCAAGGACAAUAUAAUUCCAUUCCUGCGAGUAUUUGGACACGGCAAAGUAAAUGGUGAACCAACGUGGGCACUUCUUCUGACUGCCCUUAUUGCUGAAAUGGGAAUCCUGAUUGCCUCCUUGGACAUGGUGGCGCCAAUAUUAUCAAUGUUCUUCUUGAUGUGCUACUUAUUUGUAAAUUUGGCGUGUGCUGUGCAGACUCUGCUGAGAACACCGAACUGGAGGCCGAGAUUUAAAUAUUACCAUUGGGCUCUGUCUUUCUUGGGAAUGAGCAUCUGCUUGGCCCUGAUGUUUAUAUCCUCUUGGUAUUAUGCUCUUGUGGCUAUGCUGAUUGCUGGAAUGAUAUACAAGUAUAUAGAAUACCAGGGAGCUGAGAAAGAAUGGGGCGAUGGAAUUCGAGGACUCUCCCUCAGUGCUGCUAGAUAUGCCUUGCUGAGACUGGAAGAAGGACCCCCUCACACCAAGAACUGGAGGCCUCAGCUGUUGGUUUUACUAAAAUUGGAUGAGGAUUUACAUGUUAAAUAUCCACGUCUGCUCACGUUUGCCUCUCAGCUGAAAGCUGGAAAGGGAUUAACCAUUGUUGGUACCACAGUACAGGGUAACUUCUUGGACAGCUAUGGAGAAGUACAAGCUGCUGAACAGACCAUAAAAAAUAUGAUGGAGAUAGAGAAAGUGAAGGGUUUCUGCCAAGUUAUUGUCUCCAAUAAAAUUCGAGAAGGAAUUUCACAUUUGAUCCAGUUAAGUGGACUUGGAGGAAUGAAGCACAACACAGUAAUGCUGGGGUGGCCUUAUGGCUGGAGACAAAGUGAAGAUCCACGUUCAUGGAAAACCUUUAUUGACACUGUACGGUGCACAACUGCAGCUCAUUUAGCACUGAUGGUCCCUAAAAACAUCCCCUUCUAUCCCAGCAACCAUGAACGUUAUCUAGAAGGAAAUAUUGAUGUGUGGUGGAUUGUGCAUGAUGGUGGGAUGCUGAUGCUGCUGCCAUUCCUGCUAAGACAACAUAAGGUUUGGAAAAAGUGCAGAAUGAGAAUUUUUACUGUAGCACAAAUGGAUGACAACAGUAUCCAAAUGAAGAAGGACCUUGCAACUUUCCUUUAUCAUCUGAGAAUAGAAGCUGAGGUAGAAGUAGUUGAGAUGCACAAUAGUGAUAUUUCUGCUUACACGUACGAAAGAACUCUAAUGAUGGAACAGCGCUCUCAGAUGCUUAAACAAAUUCGCUUGACCAAGACAGAGCGAGAUCGGGAGGCACAGAUAAUAAAGGAUAGACAUUCUAUUAUUCGCUUGGAUAGCUUGUGUUCCGAAGAUGAAGAGGAGAUUGAGGUGGUGCCGGAGAACAUUCACAUGACUUGGACAAAAGAGAAACGCAAUGCUGAGAAGCGAGGGAAAAAUCAUUCAUCAGAACAUUUCAGGGAUCUUUUUGACAUAAAACCCAACCAGUCCAAUGUUCGUAGGAUGCACACUGCGGUGAAACUGAAUGAAGUUAUAGUCACAAAAUCACAUGAUGCCAAAUUAGUACUACUCAACAUGCCAGGUCCACCUAAAAAUACAGAUGGGGAUGAAAACUAUAUGGAGUUCCUUGAGGUAUUAACAGAAGGUCUGGAAAGAGUGCUGCUGGUUCGCGGAGGAGGCCGAGAGGUUAUCACCAUCUAUUCCUGAUACUGGACCAAUCACACCUUUUUGUGCCUUUUGAUCAAACGUUUUGGAAGCAAAAAAAGCAUUUCAGGAAUCUUAAAAUUUCUAUUUAAACAUUUGCCGAUGUGUUUACACAGUCUGAAUGAUUCUUCAUCCAAAGCUGUAUAUGAUUAAUGUUUACUUGAAUAGAUGACAGGCUAAGACUUGGUUUACACUGCCGGCAGAGAACAACCUGCUGGAGCUCUCUGGAUCAUAUUGCUUGAUGUUACUGGAAUGUCCAACAGCCCCGUUGAUUAUAAUGGGGUCCAAUGGAGACCCGCUGCUACCUGGCAAAGCCGUAUUUGUCUGGCCGAAUUCCAGCAUAUUUGCUGGGCAGCAGCCAGACCCCAUUAUAGUCAAUGGGGCCAGCGGGCAUUCCAGUAACAUCUGGCGAUGCCAGAUCCAGAGAGCUCCAGCAGGCUGUUGUCUGCCAGUAGCGUGAAACAAUUGUAGCUAGAAUUAUUUGGUUGGAGGCAAUAUUGUUUCAAUAGCGUGGCAUACAAUAGUAGAUACGCAAUGCACUGCUGAAAAUUGUUAGCACUUUAAUAGCUUUUACGAUGUUAACAAAAGUGGAAUAGAGACUGUAUUUAAAGCUUACCCCCCAAAAAAUAUUGGCAGAAUUAUGAAAACUUUUUUUUUUCCCCAUAGCAUUCAAUUAAAACUCUGCUUUCAUUUUUCGAGAGAAGGUCACCAUCAGCAGCAAUUUUAACGUUUCCUAAAUCUCCCACAUUGCACUGCACUUAUUCAAUAUGAAAUCAAUUAGAGGCCCAGAGCCUAACAUCUGUGGCAAUUUAAAAGAACGGAUAGUCCAUGCUUUUAUUUUCAGAAUAGACCAAAAAAAAUAAAAAAUUUAAGUAUUACUGAAGUAUAUUACAAAACUCUUUAGCUGGGCUGAGCGACAUUUAGUAAAAACCUAAGUGGGUGUAUACUUUAAAUGCUACAUAAAUAAAGAAUUAUAUUGAGACCGUAUAAAUGAUCAGCUCCUCAAGCGCCUGACUGCUAUAGUCUGUAUGUGAGAUUAAUAAAGUGCCACUGUCCUUAAAUAAGAGAGGCGAUGUACCCGCUUUACAGCCCAUGAAGCUUAGGGCAUAUACUCUCCUUUUGCCACGCUUCUGGAAAGGUCAUAUGUUGAACACCUCAGGUGGAGCAGCUUACAAGGUGGUUGGACAGUGAAUGCUCUUAUGCACUUUUAGGCUACAUUUACAUGACUGUUUUGCAGUCUGCGGGUAGUGGAUCUACAGAACAUGGAUGCCAGCCGUGUGCAUUCCGCAUUUUGCUGACUGCACAUGACUAGCGCUAUAUAGAAAAUGCCUAUUUUUUUCUGCGAUUGCGGACAAGAAUAGGACAUGCUCUAUAUUGCUCUAUAUUUUUGUGGGGCCAUGGAACCGAACAACGGAUGCACGAACACACGGUAUGCUGUCUGCAUAUUUUGCUGCUCCAUUGAAAUGAAUAGGUCCGCACCCGUUCCGCAAAAUUUCGGAAUGGAUGCAGACUCAUUCAAAGAGUCAUGUGAAUGUACCCUUAAAGGGACACUGACAG